CCUUAAGCCUGGUCACCUACCUGGGAAACUUGUGGUUGGUUGUUGCCCUCGGGUCGUUUCCGGGCGGGGACAAGAACCGGGCCAUGGAAGAUACUUUGGGGACUCGCGAGCACCGGGCCCGUCCGAGAGAGCGAGACCCAGACCGGCGCCCGCACCCGGACCGAGACCGCCACGUCGAGCGGCCGCGGGAUCGAGCCGGGGACAGGCACAGGGAGAGGAACGGGGACGUGAGAGGAAACGGGGACCGUCGAGCGGGCAGGGAACGAAGGACCGACCGAGACCCGCGCCAGGACAGACACAGGGACGCGGGCCAUCGUGCAGCUGAACAAAGAGCCUGGGAGAAGCCCCGCCAAAGCCAUGCGCGACCGGAGCCCUGGGUGCCCAGUUGGGACACAGCCUCGACCCCCGGUCCCGCGCCCUGGGGGGGCCCGGAGCCGCGGCCGAAGCAGAGCCUUGGGCGCCGCGGGUUGGACAGUGAACUUGCUUCAGAAAGAUAUGUGUCUGUACACUCUGGCCCUGCAAGACAGGAAGAGGAAUAUUACCAGUCUGAAGCUGAGGGGCUCCUGGAAUGCCACAAAUGCAGAUACUUGUGCUCAGGGAGAGCCUGCUGCCAGAUGCUGGAGGUUCUGCUGAACUUGUUGAUCUUGGCCUGCAGCUCUAUCUCUUACAAUUCCACAGGGGGCUACACGGGCAUCACCAGCCUGGGGGGGAUCUACUACUACCAAUACGGAGGGGCUUACAGUGGCUUCAGUGGCGCUGACGGGGAGAAAGCCCAGCAGCUGGAUGUACAGUUCUAUCAGCUCAAGCUGCCCGCGGUUACUGCAGCAAUGGCCUACAGCGGAGCCCUCAUGACCUUCUCCUGUCUCCUCAUCCUCGGGGGUGUCCUGCGGGUCCCAUGGCACUGUCCACUGUGUCUGGUGAUCGAGGGCUUGAUAGACGUGCUCGUCGCUGGGGCAUACAUCCCAGCCUUGUACUUCUUCUUCCAGCAUCUCUCUGCUGCCUAUAGCUCGGACGUGUGUAAGGAGCGAGAGGCCCUGUACCAGAGCAAAGGUUACAGUGGCUUCAAUUGUGGUGCCCAUGGGGGAGACAUAGGAGCAGGAGUUUUUGCAGCCAUGGGCAUUGUGGUCUUCACUGUGGGAGCUGUCCUGGCCUUUAGGGGUUACCGAAAAGUCAAGAAGCUGAAGGAGAAGCCCACAGAAAUGCUUGAGUUUUAGACUUCUGGAAUGUAUGACAGAAGUCACUUUCAACCAUAAUCUUUCACAAGAAUUCUUUGAUGUGGAACUCACUAAUGCUUCCAAAAUACCAAGCUAAUGUAGGAAUGCUAAGUUUAUACCUGGAGCAGUGUUUCACUGGUUUCUGGAAUCUGUAAAUGUGGUGGCACUAACCAAAAACAUAUCAAAACCCAAAACACUAGAGCUAGGCAUGAUGAUACAGGCCUGUAAUCUUAUAAUCCUAGCACUUGUAAGAUGGAGGCAGGAGGAUCUUGAGUUCAAGGCUAGCCUGGGAUAUAUAGUAGCAAGCCCCUGUCUCCAAGCCAGACAAAGAAGGAGCUAAUAGAGGUCAGGACCGACAGGAGGAAGGCAAAGUGCACUUCAUGAUCAGGGCAGGGACAAUUGCAUUGGAAACUUAUACCUGAAGGUCACAAAAAAACUAUAUUGACAGGAGACAGCUCCACCUGAACUGUCCUAAACUCCAGCUCUCUUCAGUAGAUGCACCCGGCUUCACCACACCAAGUAUCUGGUCCCUGUACUCCUUCAACUCUGUGGAGUCUGGGGACACUUUCUCAGAAACACUUGAGUGUGAGGGUGUGCCGUAAGGAAAAGAGAAUCAGAUUAAAUUCACUGAGCUGCAAAGAAGUCAUUCUACAGGCCCCUUGCAGGCCCCAGCGCUCAAUAAGCAUUUGUACCUCUCGUAAAUGUGCCAUUGUAUGAAGACUCCAACCCCACAGCUGGUAUUCAGGAUCUACCCAAAAGAAAAGAAUGUGAAGUCUAUUUCCCAACAAAGGAAUGUUACUUUUGGACAGAUAACUUCAUAGACUGGACAAUGUGAAUUACAACUUAAGUGAAUAUGUUCUUUGCUUAAUAGGAAUCCAAGCAUUUCAAAGAAACGUUUUGAUUUGGAAGCUGCAGUUUUCUUUAUGUUGAUAAUACAUUAUUCGCUUAGAUGCCAUUAAUUGAUUUAGAAGACUUUGGGUUUAGGGACGGAAUUGCAUACCUCUGUCAUACAUGGUUAGAAAUCUUCUUGAACACUGUGAGAGAUUUUGCUCAAAGAAAAAGGGAGAUUUUUAUUUUUCAUUCUAUAGAUAUCUUGACUGCACAUAUUCAUUUUAUUUUUGCAAAAUAAAAAGAUCAAACUGA